UCCACGCGCAUGCGUAAAAAAUCCACCGGGUACCUAGCGAAAGUUGCUAGGAUAACUAGCUACAAACAAGUUAUUAUCUGUCAAGCCUUUUACUACGUUAUUUGUGGAGUAAAGUGUUGAACGCUUCGGAACUUAAGGAUGUCGGACGACGAGAUGAUAUUCGACGCUACAAUGUCCAAGAAGAAGAAAAAGAAGAGGAGGCCCUUUCUGCCGGGGGAGGAGGAUGGGGGUGAUGGGGUUGCGGGUGAACCACAACCAGAGACCAAGGAGACGGAGGGAGAUGCAGGAGAGGAGAAGGAUGUGGACAUAGAUGAUGAUGAUGGGAGGAAGAAAGACACAGCAGAUGACCUGGAUGAUCUUAAUUUCUUCAACCAAAAGAAGAAGAAAAAAAAGCCCAAAAAAGACAAGAUAUUUGAGAAUGAAAUGGAGGAGGGAAUGAAGGAGCUGAAGAUUGAGGCGGAGCCCUCUGAGGCGCUGGAUGAUGAUGAGUUCCUGCUGCUGGGGAAGAAGAAGAGGUCACGCAAAGUUGAGUUCCAGGACGACCUGGACAACCAGGCCAUUGACAAUGCACUAGAUGAUGAGGAGAAUAAGAACACGGAUGACAUCAUGUUCAGCACACAGACAGGUCCUGCCUGGGCAGGAUCAGAGAGAGACUACCUGUAUGAGGAGCUCCUCAAUCGGGUCUUCAAUAUCAUGCGGGAGAAGAACCCUGACAUGGUUGCCGGAGAGAAGAGGAAGUUUGUGAUGAAGCCUCCUCAGGUCGUCAGGGUGGGAACCAAGAAGACCUCCUUUGUCAACUUCACAGACAUCUGCAAACUAUUGCAUCGGCAGCCCAAACAUCUAUUGGCGUUUUUACUGGCUGAGUUGGGAACAUGUGGGUCGAUAGACGGGAACAAUCAGUUGGUCAUCAAAGGCCGCUUCCAGCAGAAACAGAUAGAGAAUGUCUUAAGAAGAUAUAUCAAGGAGUAUGUGACGUGUCACACGUGUCGCUCCCCGGACACCAUCCUGCAGAAGGACACGCGUCUGUACUUCCUCCAGUGCGAGACGUGCCAUUCCCGCUGCUCCGUGGCCAGCAUCAAGACCGGCUUCCAGGCCGUCACCGGCAAACGAGCACAGCUCCGAGCCAAAGCCAACUAAACCACCGCCACCACCAUCACCUCGACUACCAUUACUGUGGUCACCCGUCACCUCUCCCGCUCCCUUGGUUUCCCCUCAUUCACCUUCAGGUGUGGUGUGGUUUGGGGGGAGAUUGUGUGUGUGUGUGGCAGUAAGGCCUGGGCCUUUUAACAGACUGAUGAUGGAUUCAUUACCACUGCUUUGCACACAUCAGCAGGAGAAAAACAUUUUGUUUCAUUUCAAAAGGAAAACGGGAAUCAAUAAAAUGCUUACCAGUAA